CAGCUCACAGCUCACCCUUUCCGCUCUCUCUUUGUCCGUUGUCGCCGUCGAGUACAGUUCGUUUUCGUAUCCUAGUGCUCAGUACUAGCUUUAUAUUUUCUACGUCUUCAUAAGCCGCGUCGUGCUUAUGAAGCCAUUGUUAUUGAAUUAAAAUUUUUUUAUGGUUCACUGAUAAAUUAUAAGUAAUAAAUAUUAAAUAUCAGUCAUUAAUUAACAAUGGACACUGAGACUAAACCGGAAAACGUGAAUCCGUCUCAGGAAAAUAGCAAUGACAAUAAUCAGCGGCAAGGACAGAAUCAAGGUGGUGGCGGUGGUGGUGGAGGCGGAGGAGGCCGUGGAGGACGUGGUCGUAAAGGUUCCAGAUUUUCUGGUGGCCGAGGUGGAGGUGGUGGAGGUGGACAAAGAAAUAAUGACAUGCAGAUGAAAAUGAACGACUCUAUGAUGGACGAUCAGGGUAUGCCUGAUAACAUGGGAGCGGGUAUCAUGGGUGCAGGACCGCCAGGUCAUGAUGGUGGCGAUGGUCGUGAUGGUAGAGGCGAUGGCCGCGGAGGUGAUGGUCGUGGUGAUAACCGAGGAAGCGGUGGCCGCGGCGGAGGAGGCCGUGGAGGCGGACGCGGUGGUCGUGGAGGUGGUGGUGGCGGUGACAGGAAUAUGGGAAACAGAUCUCAGGAGGACCGAUUAAUGGAGAGAAUAAUGAGUCUCAAUGGACCGACACACGAUCUUCCGCCUCAAGACACCGCGGAAAAAAAAUUCAGUGGCCGCAACCGUCUGUACGUGGGUAAUUUGACCAACGACAUCAGCGAGGAAGAGAUCAAAAGCAUGUUCAGCCCGUAUGGAGAAAUAUCCGAGCUGUUUGUCAACAAGGAAAAGAAUUUCGCAUUUCUUCGAAUGGAUUACAGAAUAAAUGCUGAGAAAGCCAAGCAUGAGUUGGAUGGAACGAUGCGCAAAGGCCGUCCAAUAAGAGUGAGAUUUUCUCCACACUCUUCGGCGAUAAAAGUCAAAAAUCUCACACCCUGGGUGUCCAAUGAGUUACUGGAGAAAUCCUUCAGCGUUUUCGGUGAAAUAGAACGAGCUAUUGUCAUCGUUGACGACAGAGGAAAGAGCAUGGGCGAGGGGAUUGUCGAAUACGUACGCAAACCAUCUGCUCAAAUGGCUCUCAGAAAAUGUAACGAAGGCUGUUACUUCCUCACUGCAUCAUUAAGACCGGUCGUUGUCGAGUCACUCGAGCAACAAGAUGACAUUGACGGUUACCCAGACAAAAAUAUUCCACGGAAAAAUCCUGACUUCUUCAAAGCCCGUGAAAUCGGACCACGAUUCGCUCAACCCGGCAGCUUUGAACACGAGUACGGAACAAGAUGGAAGCAAUUGCACGAGUUGUACAAACAAAAAGAAAAGGCGCUCAAACGUGAAAUGGCCAUGGAGGAAGAAAAACUCGAAGCUCAAAUGGAGUUCGCUAGAUACGAGCACGAAACCGAGUUACUUCGUGAACAGCUACGUAUUCGGGAAGCAGACCGCGAAAGACAGAAGCGCGAGUGGGAAAUGAAGGAGCGACAAGCUCAGGAACGACGGUCACGUGAAGAAGAAGUUCAACGCCGUCAGCAAGAAGAAAUGGCCAUGAGAAUUCGUCGUCAAGAAGAAGAAUUACACAGACGUCAGCAAGAAAAUAAUCUUUUCAUGCAGGAACAGGCAAUGCGCGGCGGAGGUGGUGGUGGCGGUGGUAACAAAAAUUACGACACCGCUGGUCCCAACGACCGAGACGUUUAUCCCGGACCAGAUGGCGGAAACAACUUGCCAGUGGAUCCUAAAUCGUUCAUGGACGCGUAUAAUAAUAUGGAUCGUGCGAAUCACGGUACCGGGGGUUAUGAUGAUCGUGGACCAAUAAUGGACCUUAUGGAUAUGCGGGUUGAUAUGAACAACAUGGGUGGCGUUGGCGGCGGUGGUAACAAUCGUGGUAAUAACGGAGUUGGUGGUGGUGGUCGUUGGCAAGGCGGCAAUGACCGUAAUCGUCAGGAAGAAUUUCCAAAUAAACGACGACGUUAUUAGACACGAUCACUAAUUUAAAAACCUGAUAAAUUAAUAUAUUAAUUAAUUAAUUAAUAAACAAUUAAUCAUUUAUUAUAAUGAUAAUAAUAAUAAUGAUAAUAUGAUUACGAAAUAUGGAAAAGGAUAAACUCAGAUAAAAGGACAGUAUUACCGAUAUGUGUGUAGAACGAUUAUAAAUUGAUAAUCUUAAUUAUCAUGACUCCAUUAUUAUCAUUAUUAUUUUUUUUUCAAUGCAAUCAAUUGGAAAAUUACCGUCUUGAUUGAUAUCGGCCGUAAUUAUUUCCUGUAAAUUCGUACAGAAAAAGUAAAUAUUUAAUUUUUAGACUAGAGAUCCAGGUCUAGUCUAGAUUUUGACCUAGAUCUAGAUCUAUAUUUAUUAAUAGGAUCUAUCUGUCAUUUAAAUUUAUCAUCAGGUUUAUUUUGAUGACUAAAUCAUCACAUUAACUAACAAAUAUUAAUUACUAACAUGGUUUAUAUUAUUAUUAUUAUAUUAAGUCUUAGAUAUUUCAAUUUAUUCAUUAGAACAAUGAGUAAUUACUGUGCAUGAGCACGCAAAAUAAAUCUUCCGUGAAACGUUUCCAAUGUUAUCUACUUAAAGGCAAAUUAAGUUUAAAUUUAAACAAAGAGAAAUUAAAAUUAAUAAGUACGUUUAUAAUUAAAGGGAUUAUAUAUUUUAGAAAUUUUUAAUUGAUACUAAAAAUUGUAAUAAAUAUCGAUUAGUUUUUA